AACAGUGACACAAGAGUGUGGCAGUUUGAUUCCGUUACCGAUUGGAACAUUGAUUAUGGAAACUCCGAGGACAUCAGUGGCCUUUCUUCUUCAGCUGGCUGCAUGCAUGGCCGCCCCUGUGCCGUGUGAUGACAAGGUGGCCAGUUUGGAAGUGAAGAUCCAGGGUCUGUUGAACGUCAUCAAUGACCAGCACCACUACAUCCAGGAGCUUCACAACAGCCACACCCAGCAGCUGGAGAGCAUGCCCAACUUACACCUGGGUCACGAGAACCUGUACAGAGACUGUUCUGAGGUGUUUGCAGAUGGUAAUGUGGCCAGUGGGCUCUAUGUGAUCCUCCCUGACGGCUCUCCCACCGCUCUGAGUGUUUACUGUGACAUGAGCAAUGGAGGAGGAUGGACCGUCUUUCAGAGGAGAAGAGACGGCAAAGAAAGCUUUGACAGAGAAUGGGUGGAGUAUAAGCAUGGAUUUGGAGACCUCUACUCUCCCGAUGGAGAGUUCUGGCUGGGAAAUGAACCUCUACACUAUCUCACCUCCCAAGGAAAUUACGACCUACACAUUGACAUGGAGGACUUUGAGGGAAAUCAACGCUUUGCAGAGUACAAGAACUUCAAAGUGGACAAUGAAAAGGACAAGUAUCAGAUACAUUUGGGAGACUACACUGGGAAUGCAGGGGACGCGCUGGCUGAUUUUCACACUCCCCCUUCUGCUGGGCAGAAAUGGACUGGUCCAAGCGGGGUCAAAUUCAGUACCUUUGAUCAGACAAACAACAGCAAUCAGGAAAACAACGACGCCCAGUGUAUCAGACACAGCAAGUCAGGCUGGUGGUUCAGCAGGUGUGAUUCAGGGAAUCUGAAUGGCCAUUACUACAAAGGGCCGUAUCAAGCCAUGGCUGAGGACGGUGUGGUGUGGUAUACAUGGCAUGGUUGGUGGUACUCCAUCAAAUCUGUGGUCAUGAUGGUGCGAGCUGCUGACCUCAAGCAUCCACUGCCGGUCAUCGCUCCAUUACUUAGGCAACUUGACAGCACAGACAGUGUUGACAGUGAUGAUGUUGCUCGUGGCCAAUAGGCUGAAAACAAGAGAAGAAGCGGCAUGGGUCCUCAACUGUUUUUUUAAUCUUUUCACAUUUGUUACUAACUGGUUGAAGUCAGUGACAUGUUCACUUAUUACUGCUGUUUGACUUUUACCAUUGUAUUGGUUUUAUCAUUUGAAAUAAAACAAUGUGGAUUUUAAUAAUUUCUCAUAUUGUAUUUAUUCUGUAUACAAAGUACAAUAUAGCAUGUUCCACUGAGGCAUUUUGGUAACAUCUGAGGUUUUUCAGGACAAACAAACAACAAACAGACAAAGGGGCAUUUUUUAAUGUUAGUUAAACAGAAGCCAGUGUCAGUCAGUUAAGGAAUGUCUGGGAGUUUUCUCUGUUGAAAUGAUCGCUGGUGUUUUUUUAAGGUGAGAGAGACAUGAACUGAUCAGUCACUAGUUAGGCUUUGACUUGGGCACAUGGUUGUUUUAUGUGUGUGGUCUGCUUUAUCUGUUUGUCAAGAGAGAGGUUUAACCGAAAGAGUAAAUGGGGAGGGGGAUUGAUCCCUUUCUUAUUAAAUAAACUGCAUAUUUGGCUCUGAGACCGUAUGUGUGUCUGAACUGGCCUGCUCACACUUAACAUCCAAGGGUGAAUACAUUCCACACUGUAGCUUAAGUUAGAGGUUGUGAAAAGCUAACAUGGAGAAACAUUCAUUCAAAGGUUCAUGUCAGCAAUUCAAGGUCAGUUCCUCAGGUUUGCUCACAGAAGGACAGGUACCAAGACAAGUUCAUCAACUGCGUCUAGAGGUCCAAAACAGAUUGUUUUUCUCAUCCACCUCUCAAACAAGAGGAGUAUAAAAGAACAGGAUGAGCUGUACAACAUAAUGAAAGACAACAAAAAGGUAAGGACAGUCAACGAGAGUGAGGUGCUAUUUACAGACCCUGAGGUGUGCCUGAUAUCUUUUUUUCAGGAAGAUUUGUUGGUGAACCAGGCAUUUGGUUGAGACUGAUAGAGAGCAAGGCCAGUCCCAUGCUCAGACUCAAGUGCAUCAGUGCCACUGCAGUCUUCUUGCUUACAAAAUAAGUGUCAUUGUAUGCAAUUUAUUAAAUAUGUACAAAUUUAUUAAGUAAUUAAUAGCCAACAACACUGCUGUGUUUCUCUUCCGUCCUUCCAAGGCUUAAAAAGGUGAUAAGGGGAGUCAGGGGGCCAGAAAAGAGAAGGGGGGUCGCUGUCUGCUUUGGGGUUAUCUAGGCGAUAAUGGAGCAGUUGUUGGGAAGGAGGCAGAGUUCCUUGGUGAGUUGAAGGAAGAGGUGGGUAAGAGGUGGCGGGGACUUGCCAGCAGGUCGCCAUUGUGCAACUUCCACAGCAGCUCCUCUUUUUCCAUGGACAGACGCUUGUUGACCUUGGACUCUUUUUGCAACGUCUGCUGGAGUAUGGCCUGUUCAUUGGACAGCUGCCUGGAGGGGGAGACAGAGAGCUGUGACGCUGCAGGGAGACAGUGAUAGAAACAGCUGAGAGGAUAACUGAGGAUAACAUACUGGUCAGUUCUGCACAAUCGAAGAGGUCAGCCAACAAAAUAAACUCACAUCACAUAUCCACGUUUUCACUGGUCAGAUGACACCCUAAUUGCUAAACAGUAUAUUUAAUUCAAUGACACAAUGAGCAAGCACUAGAUAGUAUAGAAGCUUUCAUACAGACCAAUGUGAUUAUUUGUAUUAUAGUGAUUCUCUAGUUUUGAUGACCAAGAUUAAAGAUUCAAGACUUUAUUUAUCAUGUGCAACAAUUACAUACAGCAGUCACUGGCAAUGAAGUGCUUGGGCCACAGGCUCCUUUCUAGCCAUGCUCAAAAAUAUUUGAAAAAUCACACAAGCAAAAAAAUGGAUUUAAAAAAAUAGAAUA